GCGCUGCGCGGAUUCGGGCGCCGGAUCCUGCCCCAUUCCCGAAACUGCGGGAUGCUGAUCCCGGGGCUGAGGCUGGGGCCGGGUCCGGGCGUCCAGCGGGCAGCCGGUGUCCUGCGGAGCCUGGAGGAAGUUCCCUUUCCCUUUAAAUGCAAAUCCCAGGCUGUGCGCGCUCGGAGUGUCCGGCGGGAUCGGGGUGUCCAUCGGGAUCGGGGUGUCCAUCGGGUCCCGGAGGCCGGAGCGGGCCCGGCGCAGGGAAGGAGCCUCCAAGCGCCGUGUCCGUCCCACGCAGGGCCCCCGUCCCGCAGCCCCCGCAGCCCCCGCAGCCCCCGCAGCGCCGGCCAUGGAGGAGCGGAGGAAGAAGCGGAGCCCCAAGACCUGCCUGGCUCAGCCGGCGCCCGCCGGGGCCCCGCGGCCGCUGCCCCCGAGCAAGAGCACGUCCUUCGCGCUGCCGCUGCCCACGCUGCCCUCGCCCCGGCAGCGACCCCGGCCCCGGCGGACGAGCAAGGAGCGGGCGCGGGCGGGCGCGGGGGGGUCCCGGGGGGGCCCCGCUCCAGCACAGCUUCCUCACGGAUGUGUCCGACGUGUGCGAGAUGGAGGGGGGGCUGCUCAGCCUCCUCAGCGACUUCCACUCGGGAAAGCUGCAGGCGUUCGGGAAGGAGUGCUCCUUCGAGCAGCUGGAGCACGUGCGGGAGAUGCAGGAGAAGCUGGCGCGGCUCCACUUCGGCCUCGACGUGUGCGUGGAGGAGCUCCCAGAGGAGCAGAAGAAGGUGGCGGCCAACAGGAACCUGGACCAGCUGCUGGCACACCUGGAAGAGCUCAGCAGCUCCAUACAGAAGCUGCACCUGGCCGAGAGCUCGGACCCCGAGGACGCUGCGGCCUGACCCCGGCCCGGCUCCCGGCCCAGCCCCGGCCCCCGCCACCCCCGGGCGCCCCAACCGGGCCCGGCCGGGCCCCUCCCGCCAUGGCGGGGCCGGUGGCGGCCCGAUGACGUCAGCAGGCGGCGCCGGGGCCAUGGCGGCCGCGCUGGGCCCGCGGGCCGGGACCGGGACCGGGACCGGGGCCGAAGCUGAGGCCGAGGGGCGGCGGCGGCGGCUCCUCCGCGCCGUGACCCGGCUGCAGGCCGCUGCCAGGGGGUUCCUGCUGCGGAGGCGGCUCCGGAGCGUGCGGGAGGAGUUCGAGGCCGUGGUGCUGGAGAUCGAGGGCGACCUGAGCCACCUGCGCUGGAGCGGCCGCGUCCUGCAGCUGCCGCGCUUCGGCCCCGAGCCCCUCCCAGGGAAGCUCUUGGAUCCAGGGAAGGCUGCAGAGAACAAUGAGACCAUUCCCAAAAAACCCCUGGAGAAGCCGGAUCCCCCUGGACCAGAGCGGGCUGGGGGCUGUGGGAACACCCCCUCCUCAGCCCCCCUGCCCAGUGGGACAACCCCAAACCCCCCAAAUUUGGGGUCUGGUGCUGAUAAAAUCCCGGGAAAGGAGGGAAGAGCCUGGGCAGGGAGCGAGGAGUGGGACAACGACAGCGAAUGGGACAGCAGCGACCUCGGAGCCAGCCCGGAAAUCCCAGCGGACCUGCGGGGCGUGCCCCGCUCGGAGCUCCAAUCCUACAGGAAGCAUCUCCUGAUGGAGCUGCUGUGGAUCCAGCAGGCCAUCGCCAGCAGGAAAAACUUCCUGCUGCUGAAACGGAAGCUGGGAAUUCCCGAGCGCUCCGGAGGCAUUCCCGAGUUUUUGGAUUGGUUUGGAGAAGCCCUGGAGCUGCAGCAGCGCUCCUGAUGGGACAGGGGCAGCUCAGGAGCAGCUCCAGCACGGUGGGAUGGAGCUGGAUUUUUCUGGAUUUUUCACUCCAGAAAAAAAAAUGUUUUAUUUCUUGGGAAUGGGAUAUUUGGUCCAAGCAGGAUUAAACAUCAACAGCCA